CGGAGCGGCUGGGCAGGACUCUCGGCCUUUGCGGGGAAGGAGCACGCCCCGAAAGAGGGGCCCAGCCCAACGUGGGAUGCAGAGUUUCCUGAAGCUGCUGAGGGAGAGUGGGGGCGCUGGCCCACCCCUGGCAGAGCUGGUGACUCUCGCAGGCAGGCUGUGCCGAGACCUCCAGGAUGACCCCGCCCAGGUGCAGCCCUUGGUCACAGCCGUGUUGGACAGUCAGCUCCGCCUGCAUCUCCUGGACAAUGCGGACGUGGCCCUCGUGUGUGCCCGGGUGCUGGCCCAGCAAGAGCAGCACCAGGCUGCCUGCCGGGUGCUGGAGGGUUGCCAUGUGCCUGGAGGCAGCCAGGAGCUGGUACAGCUCUGGAACGACAUUCACUACCGUCUCGUCAUGAAGCGGCUGGGUGUGGCUGUGCUAACCCCAGUGCAGAAGUUCCGCUGCAGAAAGAGGAACCCACCACCCCCCUCCCUCUGCCCUGACGGCCUGAAAAGCCGGAACUUUCCCAGAGAGGUUCGCCAGAAGCUGCACGACUUUGCCUCGGGCGUGAGCACCAACCCCAGCAAGGCCGAGCGGGAGAACCUGGCCUUGGAGACGAGCCUGACCGUAGAGCAAGUGUACAACUGGUUUGCCAAUUACCGGCGGCGCCAGAGGGCCCUUGUCCAACGCCCGGAGCCAGCGCCGGAGGACACAGUAGAGGACCCCAGUGUGAGGGAGAAGGGUCCGGACCGCCCCCAGCCCUCAAGCCACCCCCACCUUGGCUCUGCGUGUGUGGACAGGCCUCAGUGGCCAGCUGGACGGGAGGAAAAUGGGCCUGCACAGUCCAGGGAGACCACCCAAGGGCCAUGGGAGUCGCUGGCCCUGGCCUCGGACUUUUCUGGAGACAAGAUUAUGCCAAAGCCAUUGCCUCCCAGGUCUCUGCAGGGUGGCGAGAUGUACCAGGAGGGGCCUGGCCAUGAACCUGCCACUCUCACCCCCAUCUGCCCAGGCCCUGGCCUCUGUCCUCUGGCUGCUGGCAGUGACAUGCUGGACCCUUCUAUGGCUGCCCCUGAGUCAUGGCUGAUGUCUCUUGCACUAGCGUCCUCCAAGGAAGUUUCCUUCCAGACCGGACAACUGAUUCAUGGGCAUGGGAUGGACUUCAUGAUGCGCCCCACAGAUGCAGCUGUGGCUGUGUCCAUCACUGCUCUGGGUGAGCCCAGUUCCACAGGAUUCGCUGACCCACCUGUUGGCAAUCCGCAGAGCAUGUACCUGGAGGAAGGUCUGGGCACUGGCAGUGGUCAGGAAGAACAACAGGCAGGUGGCUUCCAGGUGACACAGCCCGCGCCACAGCCUCCUGAAUUCAUCCUGACCCAGAGCCCCCUGGAGUUGGCUCCGGGCCCCUCCUUCUCCAGCCCUAUGUCUGCUGUGGACCUGAGCCAGCCCUUGCCCUCCAGCCAGGUGCAGUGGCCCGAUGACCAGUCCUCCAGUGAUGCCUUCUGGGGAGCCAGGAUGCUUCUUGAGCUCUCAGGGGGCAGCCUGGGUUGAGAUAUCCCUUUGGGGUAUCCAGCCAGUGCCCUGGGGAGCAGGUGUAGACAUCCAGCCGUUCAAUACACGUUACAGAGCUUUAUUCCGACUGAAAAAUGGACCCCAGAUUUCCUUAGGGGGUUCCAGUGAGAAGCAUUGGGGACCAGUUAGCCCCUGCCAUGUUUCAUAGUUUGGUUGGCAACUCACUGUAUUGGAGGAAGUAUUUGAGAAAUGCUCUUGAGCUCAGAAGUCAGAGGGGUCUGUUUCACUCAGACUGUGAGAGAUUGUGGCAUCAAGCUCCUGGGCAGGGAAGGCCUUUCCAGAGCAAGAGGAGAAUGUUGUGCUGUCAUGACAAGGCCACACUUUACCCAUUUAAGUUGGUGAGUGGGGCAUGGGCAGUGUUCUGACAUAUCUCUGUCUUAGGGGGUUGGGAUUGCUCAGGCAAGAUGAGACACGGUACAUUUCCCCUUGAGGUUAUAAUUCAUUGUGUUUGUAAAACAAA